UGUCGCUAUGAGAGUGGACGGAGACACCGGUGGCCCAGCUAGGUAGACUGAAGCGUUGGUGCGCCGUUGUCUUCAGUCACUCUCAGACCCAAAAGGGUCUGUGAACUUUCAUCGCAUGGUGUUAAUCUUCAACUGGCUUUUCUUCUUCUUGGACUUUGAUUCAGUGAAGACUUGGGAAGGUGUUUGUGUGUUUCUCAUGUGCCAUUGUGUAUUACACAACCCUGCUUGUGAAACAUUAAAGGGAUCUUGUGUGCAUUUGUCAACGCUCCUCAUGAAGGCAACACCUACACGGCGGCUUGUGCAGACAUGGUGAUUUCUGAAGGACUGACGUCACAGCUCUUGCAGGCCGUGGCAUCAUAUCCAGUCUCGAGCUUCGCCUUACUUUUGGCCGCCGUGUCCUCCAUAUGUUGGUACAUCCGAGACUCCUCCACGGUGGACGCCUUCAGCCUCAAGCACGUGCUGAUCACAGGAUGCGACAGCGGCUUUGGGAACCUGCUGGCCAGGCAGUUGGAUCUCCGAGGCUUCCGGGUCAUGGCGGCCUGUCUCACCCGGGAAGGCUGCGAAGACUUGGAGCGCUUGGCCUCCCCCAGGCUGAAGACGCUCCUCUUGGACGUAACGGACAGUGAGAGCAUCCGGAGGGCGUGGCGCUUUGUGAGCAGGGAGGUGGGAGAGCGAGGCUUGUGGGGGUUGGUGAACAACGCCGGCAGGUCCACACCCAUCGGCCCGUGUGAUUGGAUGUCCUUGGAGGACUUCACCAAGGUCUUAGACGUCAACCUGCUGGGCGUCAUCGAGGUGACGCUUCGCUUUCUGCCGCUCCUCAAGAAAGCUCAGGGGCGGGUGGUGAACGUGGCCAGCGUCCUGGGCCGCCUGGGGAUCAUUGGAGGGGGGUACUGUCCGUCCAAGUGGGGGGUGGAGGCCUUCUCCGACUGCCUCAGGAGGGACAUGAAGCGGUUUGGUAUCAAAGUGAGCAUCAUAGAACCCGGUUUCUUCAAGACUAACCUGACCCAGCUAGGUCCAGUUGAAGCAGACCUGAGGCGGCUUUGGACCCGCCUCCCCCAGGAGGUGAAAAGCUCCUACGGCGUGACGUACUUAACGGACUACUUGAAGGCCCAGGAUUUGUCCAUGAGCAUGCUGUGCAGUCCACGCAUCGCCAUGGUAACCAGGUGCAUGGAGAAGGCCUUGACCUCCCGCUUCCCUCGCACGCGCUACAGCGCCGGCUGGGACGCCAAGCUGCUGUGGAUUCCUUUGUCCUACCUCCCUUCUUGCGUGUCCGAUGUGGCCGUCAGCUUCCUUCUGCCCACGCCCGCUGCUGCAGCAUGAAGACCACUUCCACAUGCUCAAGACUAAAUCAAACGCAUCCCUCACAUCUACGGCGUGAUCAGAGAUGUGGACUCAUGGCCACUUUUCAACGGCGGCAAAUCAAGCGCCUUUUGUCAUGCUGGCUGAUCAGACUGUGAACCCGAGUCCAGUGCACUUUGCUGGGCCACAGCAGGUGGAUCCUGAUAGUCGUGAUCUGGGAUGAGGACUCGUCGCUUGGUCACAUCCUCAUUUCUUCCAUCCUUCUGAUGCUGACCUCAUUUAUCACGGUUAAAUGGUUCCAGUUGCCAUAUACCAAACAUGUUUACCAUCUUCCAAAUAUAACAUUAGAGCCCGCCAGACAUAAAAUAACACCCCUAUAGUCACCCCUACCUUAGCAUUAACCAAUAUAGAAGACAUGAGAAAAUAAGCUAUUUUCCAAAUAUAACAUUAGAGCCCCGCGGACAUAAAAUAACUCCCCUAUAGUCACCCCUAUGUUAGCAUUACCCAAUAUAGAAGACAUGAGAAAAUAAGCUAUUUUCCAAAUAUAGCAUUAGAGCCCUCCAGAUAUAAAAUAACACCCCUAUAGUCACCCCUACGUUAGCAUUACCCAAUAUAGAAGACAUGAGAAAAUAAACUAUUUUCCAAAUAUAACAUUAGAGCCCUCCGGACAUAAAAUAACACCCCUAUAGUCACCCCUACGUUAGCAUUAACCAAUAUAGAAGACAUGAGAAAAUAAGCUAUUUUCCAAAUAUAACAUUAGAGCCCUCCGGACCUAAAAUAACACCCCUAUAGGCUCCCCUACGUUAGCAUUACCCAAUAUAGAAGACAUGAGAAAAUAAGCUAUUUUCCAAAUAUAGCAUUAGAGCCCUCCGGACAUAAAAUAACACCCCUAUAGUCACCCCUACGUUGGUGCUUUUUGUACUUUUUUUGCUGCCUCUUUUGACAAUGUUUUUUUAUAUCUUUAGAACACAGGGAAGAGAAAGACGUGUGUUCCGUCUCACAUAAGAGUUGUGGCAGCGAUCAAUGUGUUCCAGACAGGAAGUGACAUCAGGGGUUCAGAGUUGAGUCUGAGCUGGUCUACGGCCCCAACGUUAUGAUUCUUACUAUUGUUUACUAUAGGCUGUUGUUCACCCAGCCAGCAAAUACUGGCCCCUAGUGACCAACGUACAGUACUACAUUCUCCUUUUGAAUGUGGUUCUGGUUCCUGGUAUUUGACAUCAUUUAGCCUUUUAUUUAUUUUCACCUUCCAGCAUGAAACAUGACGACUACGGGACGAAGGAAUACUGUCGUCAGAGCUUCCUGUACAAAUACACAAAGAUAUACACACCUGUGAAGUAGCUCACAAUAAAGACAAGGAUUGGCAGGAGAAUCCUCACAAGGCAUAGACUUGUUUUCUUCAUCCCAAACGUUUAUCUUGAACAUGUGUUGUCGUCCCCCAGGCUGCAUAAAAAAAUAAAUUCUGUGC